AUGUUUGAUGUCAUGGAGAAGAUCCUGUGGGUUAUGUCUCUCAUAAACAACACUGACCUGUACUUCUUGACAGCCAUCAGCAUUCAGAGGUGUCUGUCUGUCAUGUUCCCCAUCUGGUACCGAUGUCAGCAGCCACGGCACUUAUCUACCAUUGUGUCUGUUCUGCUGUGGUUGCUCUCUCUACUGGUGAUUGGACUGGAGGUCUAUUUCUGUACCUAUGAGAAGGGCUGUAUUAAAAUUACCAUAUUCAACUUUAUCAUCAAUAUCCUCAUUUUCACACCACUCAUGGUGCUGUCCAGCCUGACCUUAUUUAUUAAGAUCUGGUGUACCUCAUUACAAUGCCAGCCAAGCAAGCUCUAUGUGAUCAUCUGGUUAAACAUUCUCUUUUUCCUUAUAUUUGCUCUUCCACUGAGGAUCACUGUCAUGUUGUCAUUUCUAAGAUGUAUGGUAAUGCCCCAGUUGGUCAUUUCCUUGGUGAUCCUGCUUGCCUCCGUGAACAGCAGCAUGAACCCCAUUCUCUACUUUUUAGUUGGAAAUCAUGGGAAGAAACAUAUAAUGCAACCCCUCAAAGAGGUUUUUGAAAGGAUAUUUCAGGAAGAGACUGAUCCAGGAGAGGAAAGGGACACACCUACCAUGGACACAGAGCAGACACUGACCCAAACCCAGGCAUAA